AUACCGUCAAAAAUAUGAAAUGUUAAUAAUAAAAUAUUAAUAAUAGUGUUAAAACAAUAUGGAUCCCAGUAAAGAUAAAUCAUUUAUACUAAAAUGGAAGUACCCUACAAGUUAUAUCCUAGCAUUAUUAUCUUGGACUACAGGACUGAGCAAUAUAUUCCAUAAUCCCAAGCUAUUACUCGAAAUAGGUCUUUUCAAUUACCUCUUGGUGCAGAGUCUGAUAAUAGUCAUUAUAGGAAUACCAAUGACCCUUAUAGAAUUAGCAAUCAGUCAAUAUUCCCUGAAAUCUGUGGUGAAAUGUUGGGAUUUUUGCCCGUUUUUUAGAGGUAUAGGAUAUGGGAAAAUCAUUUUGAUUAUAAUUUUUCAAGUUUACUAUAACGUCUUAAAUAGCUACAUUCUUUUUUACUGCUAUAGUUCCAUACAGGAUUAUAAUUUAUUUUGCAACUCUGAUAAAUCAAAUCAUACUUGUGUACUGAAGAAUGAUAAUUCUGUGGAAAAUGUUAAAUACACAACAAACUCAGAAACAUUUUGGUAUGCAGAAGUACUCCAAACAGAAGACAAUCUAAAUAUAUUAGGUCAACCAAAUUGGAAACUUAUGGUAAGCCUUUGUGGCCAUAUGCUUUUAAUCUUCAUAUUUAACUUAAAACGAACUGACUUUCUAGAAGCUCUGUUACCUUUAAGUUACAACAUUUCAAUACUAGAAUUUGCAAUAUUAUUCUGCAUAGCAAAUGCUACAUCUGGAGGCCUGGAAGGCAUUAAAUAUGCCAUUUUUAGGAACGUGGAUUUAAAUAGUAUUUUUGUCUGGAAAAAAGAAGAAAUAAUUCUACAAGUUUUUCAAAAUCAUUUGUAUUCGAUGGGACUAGCUCUUGGUGGUUUUUCGAAUAUAGCAGCACUGGGUGCUUUUAGAAAACCAGUUUUUGCAAUGGCUGUUUGGGCAAACUUAGCAAAUUUGGGAAAUACUUUUUUAUACAGCAUUCUCUUAAUAAAUUUCUAUGGGAUUCUUCAAUUUAAUACGAAAACCAAAAUAGAAAGUUUUAUAAAAUAUAAUAAUUUCAAAUAUGAAUUUGAUUAUAUUUUUACUGUCAUACCAAAUGCUUUACAGUAUUUACCUGGCUCAACAAAAGCAUGGAUGGUUAUUUUUUAUUCAAGCUUGUAUUUGAAAGGUUUAAGCACAUCAUCUUUAAUGACUUCUACAGUUCUAAAUGUAAUAUAUGAAGAAAACCCCAAGCAACUCAAACAUUCAAAAUUUUGGUCCAUACUCUUUUGUAUCCUUAUUACCCUAUUAGGAUGUCUAUUCCAUACAAGAUUUGGAUUAAAAGCUGGGCAAUUCAUUGGCAAAAUUACUCUCGAAGUCCUAUUACCAUUAAUUUUAUCAUUAAAAGUAAUAACUGUAAUGUUUAUUUAUGGUUUACUCAGAUUUAUGAAGGAUCUACACUUCAUGUUAGGAACAUAUCCCACAACUUAUUGGCCAUUGAGCCUCAUAUUCUCAACUAUUAUAACACCUAUACUGACAUCAAUAAGCUUAGUUACUUAUUUCAAAUAUACACCCAUGGAUGAAUUUGAUAUAAUAUUGUUAAAAGCUAUUUUAAGCCUUGUUUUGGUUUGGAUUCCUUUCAUGGGCAUGGUCAGAAUAAUAAGAAAGGUAAAACUAAAGUUAAUCUUCAGAAGUGCUAGAAACUGGGGACCUGCAAAUGGACUGAAAAUCAGCAGGAAAAUGUUUGAAGAACAGCAUUCCGUUGAAGAGUUUUUGUAUGAAAAGUAUUUGUUAGAAAGUAAAUUAGAAAAAUAUGAGUAGUUUGUGAUAGUUAUAAUAUAUGUGUAAUAUGUUGAAAUAUGUGUACAAUAGUAGAGACUAAUUUGUCAUGUACACAAUCAAUGUAGGAUAUUUUC